CCGGUUCCUUUCAUCAUUAAUCAAUUCACUUGCAGCCCUCGUCCAGCCGGUUAAUUUUUUGCACAAGCGCUGGACAGAAAAGUGUAAUAAAACGGCCAAAAGUGAAAUUUAAUUUAUAGUCAACAUUGUAAAUAAACAGUAAGGCAUUUUACAAUUAUUGCAAAGCAAGUUAUCAACGCUCAACCAAAGGAUUUCGCCAGCUUGUCCCGCAAAUUUUCCCACAGCGGUGUGUGUAUAACAAAAUGGCGUCCUCGCAAGUCUCAAACAAAUCGGGCUCCGGUUGGCCGCGCCGCGGAAGUCAAGGCCAAGCGGAUGCAGCUAGCAGCAAUAACAACGGUACCCAGAAGUACACCAACCAGGCGCUGACCAUCAAUCGCACCAUUAACUUAUACCCUCUGACGAACUACACAUUCGGCACCAAGGAGCCGCUCUUUGAGAAGGAUCCGUCGGUGCCAUCCCGAUUCCAGCGUAUGCGCGAGGAGUUCGACCGGAUCGGAAUGCGGCGGUCCGUCGAGGGAGUGCUUCUUGUCCACGAGCACGGACUGCCACAUGUUUUGCUUCUGCAGCUGGGCACCACGUUCUUCAAACUGCCCGGUGGGGAGCUAAACGCAGGCGAGGAUGAGGUCGAGGGCCUCAAGCGAUUGCUAUCCGAGACGCUGGGUCGUCAGGACGGCGUGAAACAGGAGUGGAUUGUCGAGGACACGAUUGGGAACUGGUGGCGGCCGAACUUUGAGCCACCGCAAUAUCCAUACAUUCCGCCGCACAUCACCAAACCCAAGGAGCACAAGCGGCUUUUCCUCGUCCAGCUACAUGAAAAGGAUACGGACGGGAACGCCAGUUACGAUGUACCCUGAGCAGUUCCAUUAGCACCGUGUGUGUCGUAUCUACCCAACUCUACUCUCAAGAGUGCAAUGCCAUAGAACAACAAUCGAGCAAACAGAAAAGAUCAAACAGAAAAGAAACAAACAGAUCGCAAAGCUGGCGCAGGCGACUUCUUAGUUAGUUUUGAUUCUAGUCCAAUUGUACAACAUGUCUGAAAUCAAAGUCAAAUUGUAUAUUUGCUCAGGACUGAGUGUUGGCAUAUUUUGUUAUUUCCCGAUUUUGAUCAUUCGAAAUUCAAAGAUUGUUCUUGUACUUAAUUUUGUAAAUAUGUCGACAUACUUGUGAGACUGAGCGCAGCAAUGUUAUCCUUCUAUUUACAUAUUUAUUUAUUUCCUAGCUUCUAUUCUUACUUUUGUGAAGUGUCAUGUGUUGUUCAUCUUAAGGGCAGGCAGCAGAGAGCAUUGUAACGUUGCUGGCUGUCGCAGUCAUGUGCCCAAAUCUCGCGUGUUUUGCAGAUUUGCACGCAUGCAGGGCAGUCAGGUCGCAAGUCGCUCCUUAAAUUAAGCACUCGUUUAUGUAAACACAAGCAAAAACUGUUUAUACCUUUUU